GGAAAUACUUGGAGCGUUAUCCGGAUAUCAUUAUCCGGGGAGGGGGCAAAAUGUAUCCGGAUGAUACGGAUACGAAGAGAAUUCUGCAUAAUGCAAGAUGAAACAACGGCGCUUCCUGGCAGUGGCCGCCUUGACGGGUGUCAUGGGCGUCGUCAUGGCCGACGGAGGUUCGAGCGCCGUGGGCUAUGCGAGAUGCAUGAAGGAUAGCAGCUGCAUGCCCCUCAAUGAGAUCCCAGCAUGGUGGGUGUGCAUGCAAGGCCAAGCGGUCGAGUACUUGAUCCUCGCCGGCGCGAUGAUCUUCUUUGCGACGUUCCUUCCUCGUGUCACACUGAGCUUCAUGCUGUUCAUCCUGGGCAAGUUUCCCUUUGUCCGCGAAAUCGUGGACGACUACGUCAAGUUCUGCACGACAUCCACGACGUACCUUCUGAGCGCGACACUGUGCAUGGGGGCCGCCAUCGUGGGUCUGCUGUCGCCAUACCUAUGCCGCUUCCACAUCUACAUCUGGGGCAUCUUCUUCCUCAUGUGGAUCUACUCGGUGUUCAACGUCAUCGAUCGGCUCGCGAUCCGACGGUUCGGCGGAAAAGCUGCCGACAACUCGAAGAAAGUCGUCAUCUCCGAGUCGAUCAAGUUGCUCCGUCUGUUGGUGCUGGUGAUCGUGUCCAUGUACAUUUACUUGCAAAUGUGGCAAGAUCAGUCGUUGUUAAAGUAUUCGUUUCUGGGGAUGCUGGGCGGCGCGAUCGCGCUGGGAUUUGCGGGCGCGGUACGUACGGACGAGACGUUUGUUUCUCCGAAACGAACCCAGCAUUGCUUAUUAGACACACAACGCCGUGGGGGGAUUGUACCUCGUUCUGAACGCCCCAUUCCGAGUGGACGAGUUCAUCCAAGUCGGCGCCGUCCACGGCCAUGUCCAGCGCGUGGCGCUGCGGUUCACUGUCAUCUUGACACUGGACAGCACGAAUGUGUUUGUUCCGAACAGUUUCUUUCUGUAUAAACCCAUGGUACAUCAAGGUGUUUUGAACGCGUUUGAAACGCAUUCGAAACAACAUUAGGUGAAUUACUCGCAGCGCCCGAAGCGGCAGGUGACGCUGGACAUCCAUGUGCACCCGCAUACGUCGGUCGCGCUGUUGGAGACGCUGCUGCACGAGUUGCACGUGAUGGUACAAUGCAACAAGAAUGUCUGCCUCGUUUGCUCAGCAACGGUAUGGGUUUGCAUUAGCUGCAAUCCCGACACAUGGGGUUGACGUCCCAUGAAGAUUACAGCGGCCCUGCGGACAACGAGGCCAAGUUCUUCUUUGUGACGAUGGAAGCGUUGUACUGCGUUCGCCUGUACACGUACACGGAUGAACUGGACGCGAAGAAGCAUGCGAUGAUCAAGUCGGAGGUGUGGCUGGCAGCCAUGGAGAUCCUCGAGGAGCUGGGAAUCCAGGUCGUGAUGAAGGACCACGAAGACUCGAGACGAAGGACGACGGGCGGCGGCGGCAACGCCGACAACAACCAUGCCGCCGAGUUUGGGUUUGCGUACUAGAUAAACCAAGGCAUGUGUGUGUCUGUGCAUGGGUUGCUUGUUCCUGGGCAAGUUUCUCGCACGUUUCCCACCGCCUGGACAUGACGCUUCAGAACUUAGGCAUAGGUUCUGAUGGAUGAGAUAUUUUGAUUGGAUAAAAUGAAUGGCAUUUCUAGC